UGGCUUCCAAUGGAUAGUGUCGAGCUGUCAAUAAUUAAGUUUCCUAUUAUUUUUGUUUGAUGGCUGUCAUGGACAUUAAAAGAAAAUUCCAGAACUUGCUCAGAAAACAGGAAUCUGUACCGUCUCCUGUAGAGGAGGAUAUAAACCAUGACUUAUUUACCGGAGAACCUGCCAUUGCAAAGUAUAAGCACAGUCAUGUGGUGAAUCCUCACGAGGAACAGGAGGUGCUGGAGAACAUAGAGGAGGUGUACUUUAACAACAGGCAUGUCGACACCAGUGAAUACGAACUCCAGAAAGUACCGGAGAACCCUGACCUGGAUCAGAUUGACCGAGACAGACAGAAGCUGAGGAAACAACUGCAAGUGGUUUCCAAGAAGGUAUCCGACUUAGUGCUACAGAACCAUCCAGCAUAUGCUACCGAGCUACAGAGGGUGAUGGAGCUACAGAAAACUCUACAACUCGCCAGCAUCAUCUGUGCUAAUGGACGCAGACAAUUGUCCGGUGCAAGGAAGAGCUUUACGACAGCUAGCCUUAAGAUGUUGGCUAACUAUAGAAAACGACAGCAGCUGAUUGGUUUACUUAAGUCCCUGAGAACAAUAAAAACACUGCAACGAACAGAUCUGAGGCUGAGGGAAAUGAUGGAGGAGGAGGACUACUGUAGUGCUAUACAACUGUGUCUGGAAUGUCAGAAGGCAGCUAGCACAUUCAAACACUUCACCUGUAUAAGUGAGUUAAGUUCCAAACUACAGGACACACUGGAAAUGAUUGAAGAACAACUGGAUGUGGCUCUGUCCAAAACGUGUAGUCACUUUGAUGUAGUCCAUUAUGAGAAAGUACAGAUAGCUUAUAGACUCCUCGAUAAAACCCAGACAGCCAUGGAUCAGUUACACAUGCAUUUUACCAGUGCUAUACAUAGUACAGCUUUCCAGAUCGUCCUGGGCUACGUGGAGCUGUGCUCUGGAACAGGGGACUCAAACUUCCAGAAAAGAUCCUACGUAGAUCUCUGUAAGAAUAUAACACAGGAAAGUUUCAAACCAUGUUUGGUAGAUCUGUGCAAAGCAUUAUGGGAAGUAAUGAAGAGCUACCACAAAACAAUCCUAUGGCAUGAGUCUCACGAUGAAGAGUUCAUUCGGGAGUCAGGUAUGUCAUUGUUUCACAUUGAUGAAGAGUUCAUUCGGGAGUCAGGUAUGUCAUUGUUUCACAUUGAUGAAGAGUCCAUUCGAGAGUCAGGUAUGUCAUUGUUUCACAUUGAUGAAGAGUUCAUUCGGGAGUCAGGAGUGGAUGUGGAUAUUUCAUUGAAGAUGAAGUACAUACGACAGAAGCUUGACCACGGCCUAACUCGGAUCUGGCAUGACGUCCAACAAAAGGUCAAAAUCUAUAUCCUGGGUACGGACAUGGCCAACUUCAAACUAGAGGAUUUCAUACGAGUGCUGGACCUUGUUAACAGGUUGAUCGAGAUCGGGGAAGAGUUUUGUGGCAGCAAGUCAGAGGGUCUCCAGGAUUCCCUUAAACAACAGAGUCUCAACUAUUUCAAAAACCACCACAGGUACCGUAUGGAUGAGUUAGGAAUGUUCCUGGAGAACGAAGGAUGGGAGAUAUGUCCUGUCAAAUCCAAUUUCACACUAUUACAGUUGCUGGAAUUCAGAUUCAUGAAGAGCUGGACCCGCUCUCCUACCACCAACUCCUUGGUGAACUCUCAAUAUGUAGCAGAGGGAGAGGAAUCAUUGCCAAAUGGAGAUCAUCGAGGAGGAGGGGAACGCUACUUUGACCAGUACAAAGAUGAAGGCAGUCCUUUUGAUGUCCAGCCUGAUGAAGAAGAAAAUGAAGAUGUAUUUUCUGGAAGCUGGGAUGAUGAAGAUGGAGGAGGCAGUGAUACGGACUCAGAUGAGCCUGAUGAACUCAAGCAGGAUUACAUCGACGAACUGACUGGAGAGGCCCAGUCUAAUAGACAAUUUAGAAGAAGAAUAUCAAGAAACAAGAAUCAAAGACACAUUCCAAUUGUGACCAAUACAACACUUAAUGUACUGAGGGUGAUAGGUAAAUAUAUGCAGAUGAUGACCGUCCUGAAACCAAUAGCAUUUGACGUGAUCAACUGUAUGUCACAACUAUUUGAAUAUUACCUGUACACAGUCCAUAUAUUCUUUGGAGCGGAUACAUGGGUGAUGAAUGAGCGAUCAUUGAACAACCGAUUACACCUGACACUACAGAGAAUCAGGAAUAAUCUGAUAGCAGAGACGCCCGUCCCUGGGGCUCCCCCCACUGACCCAGAAAACGGCAGAGACAAGAUUCCCCAGCCACACCUCUCCCCCAUCGUGGACCUCAGUGGGAGUGGACGCCUGUUUGGUCUGGCUGAGAGAGUGGUGGCUGCUGAGUCUCUGGUUUUCCUGGCCAGUCAGAUGGAGCUGUUGUAUCCACAUUUAGAAGCUAUGAUUCCAGGCAACAAAAAAGUCUUCCUCCAGCAGUUCUUCUCACAGACAGUCAAGAUGGCUGCUGAGUUACGAAAGCCAGUGUACUGGACCGUGUCAGUACAGGCGGUAGACUAUGAUAAUAUCCUACACCACAUGUCAGGAGUUAAGUGGGACGUCAAAGACAUCAUGUCGCAACACAACUCCUACGUCGAUGUCAUGCUCAAGAGUUUGGAGCAGUUGUCGGUAAGACUAGUGGAUAUCAACAGGAGAGUGCCCAUACCGAAGGUUGUAUAUGACCUCAUCUGGGAACACUGCGUACGACUCUCAAACCGCACAAUUGUCGAAGGGUAUGCUGGUGCUAAAAAGUGCAGUAAUGAAGGUAGAGCGUUGAUGCAACUAGAUUUCCAACAGUUUCUGUCCAAGCUUGAGACCAUCGUAGAUCUUAGGCCGAUCCCAGAGAGAGAGUAUGUGGAGGCAUACAUAAAGGCUUACUAUCUACCAGAGAGUCAAAUGGACUCAUGGAUACUAGAGCACAAGGAGUACUCCAACAAACAGUUACUAUCACUCAUAAAUUCAGUCGACCAUAUCAACAAAAAGGCACGACAGAGACUUAUUGCUACUGUGGAGGACAUGGAUCGUCAACGCAGAUAACAUCACGCUUCAACGAACAUGUCACUCAUACCAGAAACUUUGCCAUGCUCCAAUACAUUCCCAGUACGAGGGCUAAAUCGGUUGUUACAUCAUGUCAUAUUCAUGGAUUUUAAUACCCGUGAUCCAUCAAAUCCUGACCAAAUCAUUUUCAUAUUCUUGUUUUUCAUCCUGACCUGUUAUAAAUGGUUGUAAACUAAAGAUACUGUCAUCUUCAGUGACAUUUAUUUUUUUCUCUCAAAAUUCACGAAUUAGUCAAAAGUAUUAUUACAAAACUCUUUUGUCUACAGGCCUGUCCAUCUAAUGAUUAAUUUGGUAAUUGUAUAUAAUUGCUACAUAAUGGUAAAAGACAUCUGUGAUAUAAUCAAAUGAAAUCUCCAGGAAUGUACUGUUAAAUAGUAUUGUACAAUUACAAUGUUAUUAAGUGUUCAAGUUGACAUAGUUAUUUGUUGUGAUUUGACGGUAGAUUUUUAUUAUGAGAUAAAUGAUAAGUAAGUCUUGUUAUGUAUAUAUUGUCUGUUACACAGAUGUAAGCAUUAAGUAUAUUAUAUAAUGUAUUACACACAGAGUAAACUAAUUGGGAUAUCCUUGGAGUUAUAAUUUAUUAAGCAACUUCUCAGAUAAUGUUUGGGAUAUCCCCGGGAUUAUAAUCAUUAUACAACAUCUCAUGUGAGAUUUGGGAUAUCCCCGGGAUUAUAAUUCAUUAUACAUCAUCUCAUGUGAGAUUUGGGAUAUCCUUGGGAUUAUAAUCAUUAUACAACAUCUCAUGUGAGAUUUGGGAUAUCCUUGGGAUUAUAAUUCAUUAUACAUCAUCUCAUGUGAGAUUUGGGAUAUCCUUGGGAUUAUAAUUCAUUAUACAUCAUCUCAUGUGAGAUUUGGGAUAUCCCCGGGAUUACAAUUCAUUAUACAUCAUCUCAUGUAAUAUUUGGGAUAUCCUCAAGAUUAAAACUCAUUUUACGACAUCUCAUGAGAAUAUUGAGAAAUCCUUUUUCUUUAGCUAGGGGAGUAAAAUGCUUGAUAAAUACAGUUAGGGGAGUAAAAUACCUGGUUAAUACAGUUAGGGGCGUAAAAUACCUGGUUUGUACAGUAAGGGGCGUGAAAUACCUGUUUAUACAGUUAGGGUUGGGGGGGGAUACCUGGUUAAUACAGUUAGGGGCAUAAAAUACCUGGUUAAUACAGUUAGGAGGGGGGGAUACCUGGUUAAUACAGUUAGGGGCAUAAAAUACCUGGUUAAUACAGUUAGGGGCGUAAAAUACCUGGUUAAUACAGUUAGGGGCGUAAAAUAUUUUGUUAAUACAGUUAGGGGUGUAAAAUACCUGGUUAAUACAGUUAGGGGG